AACUCACUCAAUCAGAUAGACAGGCAAGAUCCUUCUUCUCAUUCCAAGGAUGUCGGUGGUGCGGAGGAAGUUUGGAGAUGACUACCAGGCUGUGGCAGCCACCUCUACCCGGCGGAAAAGGCAACGUUUUGUGGACAAGAAUGGCCGCUGCAACGUCCAGCAUGGCAACCUGGGCAGCGAGAACAGCCGCUAUAUCUCCGACCUCUUCACCACCCUGGUGGACCUCAAGUGGCGCUGGAACCUCCUCAUCUUCCUGCUGACUUACACGGUUGCUUGGCUGGUCAUGGCCUCCAUGUGGUGGGGGAUUGCUUACAUGCGGGGGGACCUAGAGAUCCACCAUGGCCACAACGCUGGGCACAACCCCUGUGUGGCCAACGUCUACAACUUCCCCUCUGCCUUCCUCUUCUUCAUCGAGACAGAAGCCACCAUCGGUUAUGGGCACCGAUACAUCACUGAGCGCUGCCCUGAGGGCAUUGUGCUGUUCCUCUUCCAGUCUCUUCUGGGCUCAGUGGUGGACGCCUUCCUGAUCGGGUGCAUGUUCAUCAAGAUGUCCCAGCCCAAGAAGCGAGCAGAGACUCUCAUGUUUAGCCGGGCCGCUGUCAUCUCUCAGCGUGAUGGCAAGCUCUGCCUCAUGUUCCGGGUGGGCAACCUGCGCAACAGCCAUAUGGUCUCGGCCCAGAUCCGCUGCAAACUCAUUAAGUCAAGACAGACACCAGAAGGUGAAUUCCUGCCACUCGACCAAUGUGAACUUGAUGUUGGAUUUGGAACCGGGGCCGACCAAUUGUUCCUUGUCUCUCCUCUAACCAUCUGCCAUGAAAUUGAUGACAAGAGUCCUUUCUUUGCCCUCUCACAAAGAUCGCUCAGAAGUGAGCAGUUUGAAAUUGUUGUCAUCCUGGAAGGUAUUGUCGAAACAACAGGAAUGACAUGCCAAGCCAGAACCUCCUACACAGAAGAUGAAGUUCUCUGGGGCCACAGGUUCCUCCCAGUGAUGUCUCUGGAAGACGGCUUUUUCCGGGUGGAUUAUUCUCAGUUUCAUGGAACGUUUGAAGUCCCAACUCCCCCCUACAGUGUGAAGGAACAAGAAGAGAAGUUGGCUCUCCCGUCACCUUUGAACACCCCCACUGGAAGCAACAGAAGCCGAAGGGACAAGCUCUCCUCCCUGGACUGUCUUGAUAUUUUUGAAGAGAAAAGUGGCAGGCUUCCUAGCAAACUCCAGAAAAUUUGCUCUGGUAAAGGAGAUCUCCAUAGAGGAGUUCUCAGCCUCUGCUCCAGUAGUGUGGAGAAAGCCAGCAGCACGGGUGACCUCUUGAAAAUCCAACAGAUCAGUUCAGUCUGCAGCAUAGAGGACAGGGAGGAGAAGAUCCAAUCGACAGCCUUCAAAACCAAAUCAGAGUUGCUGGCACGGUCAACCGGGAACCUUGAACUCCAACAGAGGCCUCAACCCCCACGCACCUUGGGGGCAAGAUUAGAGGAUAAUUUGCCUGCCAAACUCCGGAAAAUGAACUCUGGGCACCUGUUGUAAACACCAGCCGACCCACAAGCAGCCAUGAUUGCAUUUCAAACUCCGGGUUAUUACUGUGAAGAGUAGGGUUGGGGGAAUGUUGAGUUUCCAGUUGUGGUUGGACUACAACUCCAUGAUCUCUGGCAUCUCCACAUGCGACAGGACUUGUAAGACCCAUAGAAAGUAAGGGCCUGCCCCAUAUAGUGGGCUGUUCCCUAUCUCUAAUGAAGAAGGACUCGUAAAACCUAUGGAAGCACUGCUCCAUAUGAAGGGCUGUUCCUCAUCGCUCAUGCAGAAGAUCCUGAGGCUCAUAUGUACACUACUAAUGUCAACCCAAUUUAAAUUAGAAUAAAAAGCAUAGCUUCAACUCAUUAAAAUGUGGCAGUUCGGUAAACUGUCAGUCAGAAGAAUAUCAUAAAGACUGAAUGGUCAUAGAAUCAUAAAGUUGGAAGAGACCACAAGAACCACCCAGUCCUGCCCCAAUCUGUUAUGCAGAUAUACACAAUCAAAGCACUCCCGACAAAUGACCAUAUAGUCUCUGUUUAAAAACUUCUCCAUACUCAACAUAUUCCACAGCUAAACAAGAAGAUCUCCCUGAUGUUUAGAUGGAAACUCUUUUUCUGUAGCUUGAAUCCAUUGCUCUGUGUCCUGGUCUCUGAAAUAGAAAAAAAGCAAGAUUCUCCCACCCUCAAUAUUGUGGCGGAAUGAACAUUACACAUAGUUCAUGUCUUUACCAAUCCACACACUGUCUUGCUAGAGAAAAGAUAUGCCAUGCAAAUGAUCAGUAAAGAAUAAGGUGUUUACUCUUUGUUAUGCAGAGCGACAUAUAUACAGUCAUGAGAACAAUUGCAUUGACGCACACAAUGUCCUUUGAGAGAGAUUCAAAUGGUCCUUAGGUGUCCAUGUGAAAGAUCUUCUUCCAGCAACCAAGAAGCAAAAAUACUGCUUCUGCACAGUGAACCGAAACGUGUAACUGUUGCCAAAACUCCCAGACUCAGCUAGCUUCUUGGGCAUAGUCCAAUCAAUCAUCUUUGUGCUUUGCAUUUUCCAGUGAACACACUCACCAAGUGAUUUUUACAUGCUCCAACAAAUAUGACAUUCUUUCAAAUAUU